AUGACUUCUCGCACUGAAGCCAUGACUGAGGAAUUGAAGAAUGUGGCCGAAAAGGUCAAUGAUCAACGGCCAUUGCCGAAGAAGCGCAGCAAAUAUCGUCAUGUAGCUGCGUACCACUCCAAGUCGCAGCACUCAAGCCUCAGUCGGGAAGCGGAUGUGCUACCUAACUUCCUGGGAUUCCGAAAUCUGAUGGUGUUGGUGCUUGUGGUGAUGAACCUGCGACUGAUAAUUGAGAACUUCAUGAAAUAUGGCGUCUUGAUCUGUAUCAAAUGUCACGACUAUCGUAGACAGGACCUGGUCCUGGGAUCGAUACUGUUUGCCUCGGUGCCAUGUCAUCUACUGGUUGCAUACAUCAUCGAGCUCUCGGCAGCCACAGCUGCCAAGAGAACCGUCGGCCGCCAGAAGAAGACAGAGGAAGAAGAAGAGCGUGAUCAGAAGGUGUUCCAAUCUACUUGGCCGCUGACCGCGUUCCUACAUACGCUGAACGCAACCCUCUGUCUCGCAGUGACCAGCUUUGUGGUCUGGUUCUACAUCCACCACCCAGGCAUUGGCACAAUCUGUCAGCUCCACGCCAUCAUAGUGUGGCUGAAGAACUGCUCUUAUGCCUUCACAAACCGAGAUCUGCGUCUCGCGAUGCUGAAUCCCUCUGCGGACCCGGGCUUGCCGGAAAUCUACGCCUCGUGCCCAUACCCGAGGAACAUCACUAUCAAGAACUUGGGAUACUUCUGGCUGGCCCCGACCCUGGUCUACCAGCCUGUAUACCCGCGUACACCAUCUAUUCGCUGGCCAUUUGUUGCCAAGCGUCUGGCCGAGUUCGUAAGUCUUGCGAUGUUCAUCUGGCUCCUGUCUGCGCAGUACGCGACGCCGGUGCUCCGCAAUUCUCUGGAGAAGAUUGCAGUGAUGGACAUUGCGUCAAUCCUCGAGCGAGUCAUGAAACUCUCCACCAUUUCACUUAUCAUCUGGUUGGCCGGAUUCUUUGCGCUAUUCCAGGCGCUGUUGAACGCCUUGGCCGAGGUGAUGCAGUUUGGAGACCGAGAGUUUUAUCUUGACUGGUGGAACAGUUCGAGUUUGGGUGCGUAUUGGCGAACGUGGAAUCGCCCUGUGUAUCUGUUCAUGAAGCGCCACGUGUUCUCGCCGCUGGUUGGUCGUGGCUGGAGUCCUUUGGCUGCGAGUGGCAUGGUUUUCACGCUGUCUGCUAUUCUUCAUGAAAUGCUGGUUGGAAUCCCCACGCACAAUUUCAUUGGUGUUGCCUUCUUCGGUAUGAUGUUCCAGCUGCCCUUGAUUGCACUCACGACGCCAUUGGAAAAGAUGCGUGGGCCGUCCGGUAAGGUGAUAGGCAAUUGCAUCUUCUGGGUUAGUUUCUGUCUUGUUGGCCAGCCACUUGGGGCUCUUCUGUACUUCUUUGCCUGGCAGGCCAAGUAUGGCAGUGUCAGUCGCAUGACGCCGAAUGCGCCGGCGUAG